UCAUUGAGACAUACAUAGUUUCUCUUACUGAGCUAAUGAAUAUUGACAAUCCCUCUGCAUUUUGUGAUUCUUCAUCCUCUGUCUUCAUUUAGCUGAUCAAGAUAACGUGUUGCAGUCAUUGGAGUUGUGAGCAUGGAUUCAGUGAAGGGCAAUAGCAAGGGAUACAUUGGGCACAGCACAAUGGCUAAGAAACCAAUUGAGAACAUCAGGUUUCUCAUCAGUGUUAGUGUUGGAAUCAUGUUUGGUUUCUUCAUGGGAGUGUUGAUUCCCAAACUCCCACAAAUUAAGAUAGGCACGGAGUCUGUUGUUCUAGAUGCUUCCAUGAUCUACGGGGGAAACGUCUCUGCUGCCUCCACAGAAAUUAGCAGAAACGUAUCUAUUGGAAACCAGCAAAUUUCAAAGAUUUGGGUGCCUUCUAAUCCGAGAGGCGCGGAGAGGCUUCCUCCGGGCAUCGUGGCAUCAGAGUCGGACCUCUAUCAACGAAGACUGUGGGGACUGCCUAGAGAGGACCUGCCCAUUACACCAAAGUAUCUAGUGACUUUCACAGUUGGUUAUAAGCAGAGGUUUAACAUUGACAAAGCAGUUAAAAAGUUUUCAGAAAAUUUUACAAUCCUUCUGUUCCAUUACGAUGGAAUAACCACUGAGUGGGACGAGUUCGAGUGGUCUAAGCGUGCCAUUCACAUCAGUGCUCGAAAACAGACAAAAUGGUGGUACGCAAAGAGGUUUUUGCAUCCGGACAUUGUUGCAUCCUACGACUACAUCUUCAUAUGGGACGAGGACCUUGGAGUCGAGCACUUUGAUGCGAAAGAAUACAUUAAGCUUGUGAGGAAACAUGGUCUUGAGAUUUCCCAGCCGGGCCUCGAGCCAACCAAGAGCAUGCCAUGGAGGAUGACAAGGAAACGCGAUCACAGUGAGAUUCACAAGGUCACAGAGGAGAAACCGGGCUUGUGUCCUGAUCCACAUUUGCCACCGUGUGCAGCCUUUGUGGAGAUCAUGGCUCCUGUCUUCUCUAGAGAGGCUUGGCGUUGCGUGUGGCAUCUGAUUCAGAAUGACUUGGUCCAUGGAUGGGGUCUGGACUUUGCCCUCCAAAAAUGUGUAGAGCCUGCACAUGAGAAAAUCGGAGUCGUUGAUGGGCAAUGGAUUGUUCAUCAAAUUGUUCCUUCAUUGGGAGGCCAGGGUGAAUCUGAAUCUACUAAUGGAAGGGCUCCAUGGCAAGAGGUGAGACUAAGAUGCACUAGAGAAUGGGCAAUGUUCAAAGCUAGGAUGGCCAAUGCAGAAAGAGAUUAUCACAAGUCUAUGGAGAUUGAUUCUUCCCAUUAGACUACUUGACCCUUGAGGCAUACUAACAAGGUGCUUGGAUACGGCCUUCAACUUCAAACACUCAACAACAUUGUUGUAGAGAUAUCAUAUGUCAAAAUUUAUUUUGGGAAAUAGAUUUAUUUUUUGAAAGGACAUACAGCAUUAUAAACAUUGAUCAUUCAAUAGUGGUUCCCAAA